AUGGAAGACAAAGAAAAAGAAAAACCGGUCGAUAAAUCGAUCGAUGAACGGGUUCAUCAGCAACUGGUAUACAAGGACAACCGGAUAGUCGACCUGAACAAUGUGAUUCUGGACAAAGAGAGACAGAUUCUGGAUCUACAGGUUGGCAGAAUGCUUGAGUUCGUCAAUAUGCUAUUUUUCCAGGAAAGAGUCCGAGAGCACAAUGAAGUGGCGACAGUCAAGAAUCAGGCGAUGCGAAUCGUUCAGCAGCAGUUCGAAGAGAUGCACAGAGACAAAAAGGACAUGUCGACGGAGACGGAGCCCAGUCUUUUGGCCAAUUCAGCCCAAGGACCGUCAGGCAGCGGCAAAAGCGAACGAAGAGCGAGAAGCUCGUCGCCGGGGCAUGUAAUCGCAUCUAGAAGUGAGACAUCUUCGAAAAAUUUUAAUGAAAAUGACAAUAUUUCAGAAGCACACCCGUCCGGAACGUUCUCCCCUCCUCCGAUCGAUCCCCCCUUCGAAUCCUCUUCUAAAUUGGGCCCAAAUCUUCCAGACGUCGACGGAAUAAUUCGCAAACAGCAUCAGAGGAAACGAGUGACGUUCGAUCUGAAUCCCGGCGCCGCCCGUUUCCACGCCCACAAUCCGGACGCACUAGAAUCGGCGCUCACUGAAGCGUCGUCCGAAAAUGCGGUGCUCCGGCAGCAGGUGGUCGAUUUGAAUGCGGCCGUCGAGAAAAUGAAGUCGGAUUACGAGACGGAGAUUGUAAAGUAUACAAAAGAGGCGAAAACGGCCGGAUGGAAGGCGAGAGUGGCGGCGACCGCGCGAAUCAAGGAGCUAGAGACGACGCUGGAAAGCAGCAACCAGAAAUUUGAGGAUGAGGUAAGAAAAUCAGACAUUUCGAGGUGAAAACCGAAUGUUCUUGUAGACAGAGCGUCUCCGCGAGGAAGUCUCCACUCUCCGCUCCUCUCGUAACUGGGAAAUCGAACAGAACGGUCAGCUGCGCGAGCAAGUUGCCCAUUUGAAAGAAAAGAGCCAUAAGCUGACAGAGGAGCUCGAUGCAAGCGAGAAAGCGAAACGAAACCUCGAUACGGAGGUCGAGGAGUCCGGAAAAGUGAGGUUUUCCGAGAAUUUUUUAAAGUAGCCUUUUCAGCUGAUGGAAUUGAUGGUUGACGAUCUUUUGCAAGCGGAGAACGCCAUCAACUUCCACGUGAAUCAAAAGGAAGCCAUCUUCCAGGAUGUUGAUAGGCUCAAAGGUAUGGUUUGGCUCGAAACGUGAACAAAAACGUUUUUUUUCGUUUUUUAGAAGCAAUAGUUGCUCAAGACCGCUUCAUCGAAAUCUUGGAGGCGGAUAUUGUAAUCUACGAGCAACAUAUUGGGCUACUUCGUGAGAAUCUUGGAGCAUCGAAGGUAAUACAUAAUUUAUUUUUAUUUAUUAAAAAAUACCCGGAAAAUAUAUACAAUCUCAGAUUGACCACCGCGCGCUCAUCAAAUCGAAGGCCUUCGAGACGAAACUGUUGGCUUUGGAACGGGAAAAAGAGCAAAUUGACAAGAAAUCGAAUGGUAAAGGAACUUAUGCAAAAAACGGGCACUUUGGGCGCUUCUGGAAGUUCUCAGAAGCUGGAAUUUGGAUUUUGGGAUGGAUCUCAAAGUUACGGGAUAAUUGGGGCAGUGGAAAGAGUGUUUGAGCAGGUGGAAUCGGCCGACGAAACGGUAAGCGCCUCGUUGCGGUAGGCGGAAAAAGAAGCCGGAAGACCGGUUUCUGUCGACUCGUACAGACGAUAAUUGUAGCCGAGAUGAUGAUUGUGCACGAUCGGACUGCGCUCCGUCUUCUUUACCACCUGGAAGUUAGGAAGAAAUUAGAGAAAUGUGCUCCCGACUCACAUCGCAUUGACAUCUGGUGCAAUAGUAGGUCUUCCGCUUCAGACAACAAUAGAAUCCGCACGGAAAACAGAAUAUCGCGUAGAGAAUCGCCCGCCAACUGAACCGACUCUUCACCUGUUUCUCAUUACACGCCGGACAAGUAGUUGCGGACGAGGUGGUGGACAUUUCUGUAAUCGUUUCGGAACUAUUAUGAGAAUGGGCAAGAAUGAUUCAGCCACGUGGAAUGUAUCGAUCACCGAAAGUAUCACAAAGGAAGAGAGAAAAGGGAGAGAGAUAGAGAUGACACUUUCCAAUUAGAGUGGGUAGAGAACGGAGAGAAAUGAGAGACAAUUGUGUUGACAAGUGAUGAGAGGACAUGCCCCGACAAGGGAAACACCCACACAAAAACUAGAAGUGUACUCUUUUUUCGGACGGUUUAUAACGGUUUUUGCUGGCAAGGGAAUGGGAAACAUGCACGGAUGAGUCAGCAGAACACGAGAACGGCCGGGAAGUGUCUGAAUAGCAUUCGAAUGGGGGUUCUUUCCGCACUUUUGAGCUGAUGCCAACCACUAAAUCGAUUUCGAUUUGAAAUAAGCGAAACAAAGUGCGAUUAACUUUGCAAAUGAAUCCCCCCGGCCCGAGAGUGUGUGUUUGUGUGACCCAACAAUUGUCAACAUUAAAAUGGAAAAGAGUCAGCUGGUGAUCAACAACAGAAGAAAAGGAAGAAGAAGAAGAAGGACAAUGAACUCCCCGUGUGGCGCCGGGGGAAUGGCGCUGAAGUGUCGUUCGUCGCUAUUUUGUUUCCGUCGACCACAUGGCUUGUUAUUCUGCGAAACGUUGGUCCCUGACCUCUUAAGGACGUGGGUCUCGCCCUUGCCACAAAAAUAAUGAGUAUUCGUACUUUUUUGUUUGGCCAGCAUUCUGAGAUAGAUGACGACUUCUUUCUUUAUCUCCUUUUUUUCUUUUAAGCGCUUCUAAUUCGAAACGUAGAAAUUAUGCAAUUUUUGACGCUCACGCUCUAUCUGUAGGCAUGAAUAAUUCACAUUAUUUUCCGUGUCAGGAUGUCAAAACACUCGUCCUUGGGGCCAAGCCGAUUGGUUUUCAACGCAAUUUUCGGGCUCUUCUACCUCAAACUGUCAGAAAAUUCUAACCAAACGCAUAUUUUGCAGAAGAUCGCCUCAAAACCAAGGCGCUGGACAAGAAAUGCCGCGUGCUCGUCGAGCAAAACGAGCAAUUGAUGGCCCGUCUCUGCGAACUGGAAAUGGCGAACACGACGUGCGACGACUCGCGUGACCGCCGGCUCGCCGAGCAAGACGAACGCAUCCGCCAGACAGCCAGUGCUCUUGAAUCGGAAAGAGACGUCAGUCAGCGGCUGCGAGAGGCGAAGGAGGCGUUGGAGAGAGAGCUGGUGACGAAGAGCCGGCAGGAGGAGGCGAGCAACAAUCGCAUGCGCAGGGACGUCGAGAUGAGCAGGAUGGAGGCAGAGAACAGUGAGAUGAUUCAUUUUUACAACACAAUUCCGCUUCUUUUCUCUUCUCGUUUAAUUGAAAACCCGCGCUUUUUCUUCAGAAAUUGACGAAAUGGGUGUGGAAGUAGAGGCGGCUCGCAAAAAAGUCACGGAAGUAAUGGCCGAAGUCGAACAGCUCCGCGCCACCAACUUUGACCUCCAAAUGCACAUCGAAACUGCGAAACGGACGAUGGAAGAGUAGGCGCCGACUACUGUAACCCCCUUUUUCAGCCCUCAAAGUUUCAGAUUGGCCAAUUCGAACGAGGAGCUCGAAGAAAGAGUCCGAGAGGUGGAGGAGGAGUGCGAAGAGAAGGACGCGGAUCUGAAGCAGAGCACGUGGGACGUCGAGACGCUCACCAAACAAAACGAGGCGUUGAGGUGAGCAUCCGCACGGACUCCCCUCUGAUUCUCAUCCUUUAAAAGUCUCAAUUCCAGAGUUGAACUCGACUUUGCACGUCAAGGAUUCGCGGAGACGCGCGAACUCGCCGAAGAGGUCAAACUGCUCAAAUCGGAACUCUCGCGACAACAAGAACUACACAAAGCACAAUUCGAAGCGGACUGUGAACGGCUGGAGAGAGAAGCCGACGUGCCGGACAGGAAGACGUCGCUAGAAGUGCAACAGGAGCAGUACAUUCUCGCAUUCGAGCACAAAAUCGAGGAGAUGAGCCUCGAAUUGGAGCAGAUUCGGGUGGAAAAGGAGCAAAUGGCGGCAGAUUUAGAGCAGAAAGAGCGGGAAUUGCUGCGAAUGGCCGAUGAAGUGACUCCGGUACAAAGGAAGACGACGUCAGUGCUCGAGGCUCCUAAUUUGGAGGAGAUUCAGAAGAAACAAGAGGUCCAAAUGGUUUCCAGUGCACCGCCGGCAGAUCAAGACUUGCGUGAGCUCGGAGCUCUGAAACAAGAGAACGCCGAGCUCGCGGAGAGACUGAAACGCGCCGAAAUGGAAGCGAAUCUCUCGGGAGAGCUGAACGUGGAACUCGGAAGAGCGAUGUUCGAGCUCGAAGAGCAGAACGAGCUGCUGAAAAGAGAGCAUGUGGCGGUGGCGGCGGAUGACGUGGCAAGUGGAAGAGAGCUCGAAUUGCACAUGAUGAUGGUCGACGAGAUGAACGAGCAGAUUGUGUCGAUGCAGGCGAGGAUCGACGAGAUGGAGACGGCACAUGAGACGCAGACGGCGGAGUUGGAGAAGGCCAAGGAGGAAGCGGCGAGCACUCGCGAUGAGAACCAACGGGCCAAGGACGAGAUCACUCGCCUUCUCCACAAUCUGGCCGAAUUCGAAUCGGCUCGCAAGGAUGACCUCUCCAGACUCACUUGUGGUAUGAUUCCCUCCUAGAAAUUCACCCGAAAUUUGUAUGCAUUUACAGAGCACGACGUGGAAAUCCGAAAAUUCUCAAUUCAAAUGGAAGAUGCUCGCCGGGACAUUGCUGAUUUGGAAGCGAAACUUCAAGAGGCUCAGCAGACGCUUGUACUCCGCGAGCAGCCAGUCCUCCAAGAGACACACAUUCUGACGCCAUCUAUGCCCGUUUUUGCUUCUCAGAGUAUUUCGGCGGUCACUGGAAAUGACGAUGAGAUCCGCGAGCAGAACAAAUUGCUCAGAGAGUGUCACGACGACGUUUCUAGAGUAGGAAAUCUAUAAAUUCAAUGAAAAUCUUCAUAUUUUUGUUUCAGGACAUGUCAAAGCUGAUAGAACUCAAAGAUGAACUCGAAAUCGCGGUGCAAGCACUGAAAGCAGAGAUCUGGAGUCUCAACGGACAACUGAAGGCCUCGAUUCUGGACCGUGAGAGUCUUGAGGACAAGGUGGCCGAGCUGGAUUCUCUGGUUGAGAAGGAAAAGAAAAGGGCGAUCGGUUUGGACGUGGAGCUCCAGGAGCAAGUGGAUCUGACGGACCGCGCAGUUCGGAGGGCCGCCGAGGCGGAGAACGAGUCGAAUCAGCGGAUGGCCGAGUGUCUGGAGAAGGAGACGCGGAGGGAGGAGAUCGAGAAGGCGUACACCCGGCUCAACGAGUACUACAACCAACUGCAGGAGGCCUACAAUACCGUCUAUGCUCAACUGGCCGCUGCUCAAGCACAAGCGUCUGAAUCCGAAUCCACGUCGUCUUCUACACUUCUCACGGCUUCUUCCGACACUUCCAACUCAGAGAACAUCAGCCCCAUCGUCGACGGGAUCAUGACGAUCCUUCUCAUCUCCCGUGACCCGUCUGUCAGUCUUUCGACGCAAGAGAAACUUGAAAAAGUGGCUGAAAAGCUGAAAGCACUGCUCGGAGAGUUUGAUGAGAAUCAGAAGGCUCUCGAAGAGCAACGACGAAUCUCGGAGGCACUGGAAGCACGUCUUCAGACUCUGGAACAAGCGUCGGGAGCCAGUGAUGAAGUGACGACGACAAGGGAACGAGUGGAGCAGCUGGAAGGAGAAAUCGAGUGGAAAGAGGAGGAGUGCGAGGGAUUGAAGCGAAGGAUCCGGGAAUUGGAGAAGGCGCUGGAAGCGGUGGCGGAGAGAGCCGACGAAUCUGAAGGUGAGAAGCCAAUGAGCACAAAUGGGGAGGGAGGAAACGGAGCUGUUUCGAGAAAAGAGCUCAGUUUCCUUCCUCUCUUUUUUCGGUCACAUUCAAGCCUUUGCACGCCACCUCUUUUCCUCCUUUUCCGCCCACUUCUCCCCUCUGUACCUUCUCCCCUUCUCCUUCUCACUUUCGUUUCCAUUUCCGGUGCUUCGUGCUCACUCUAAACCGCUUCAAAGCCUUUGCCGCCCAUCUCGACGUCCACAGGGCACACGGGAAGAUUGCCCGUCGAAAAGCGCUAGAAAUAUUCGCUGCGAGACCCAUCCUGUCUCAGUUUGUGUUCUCAGUUCAGUCAACUACUCAUUCUCCAUUCUCUUGACUAAUCCGUACUCAGGUAUCCAAACAGCUAGGGCAGGAAGAAUAAAUGGUCCCCAUACCAUGCAACAUACUUCUUGGUGCCACGAGACAAGACCAUUCCCGUCCCAAGCCGUUUGGCCACCUGAUCUGUACUUGGUGUCUUCUCAACGUCUUCUUCUUCUCGUGAUUUGAUUGGUGAUUGGUUCAUUGAUGUCGGUUUUCGAGCAUGCUUUUGUGAACGUUCGGAUAGAUGUUGGAGAAAUCUAGAUGUCUUACUAGGAAAUACAGUAGGCCACGACUUGUUUUGACUAAUACAACGCUUGAAAGUUAGAAAUAGUAAGGAGAUUUUGUUCAGUUCAAACUGUCACUUGUCUGUCACUAUCCAUUUCUACCGAAGUCCUAGUCCAUCAUUCCAUUCUCACCCACACUUUCCGUCCGUUCCUGCCGCCGAAGCAGACGCCUUUCUCUCCUGUGUCCUGUGGCAAUUAGGUGGCUCUCUGGCUUUGCAGCGGCCGCUGUGAGUCGCCUCUCGACGGAACUCGCCAUUUUAGCCGCCCGACUGACGACGCGGCAAGCGGACGUUGACUCGCUGUUCCGGACGAACGCGGAGCUCGCGCACACGAAUGUUCGACUGCAAAACGAGAUGGACGAUGGGGAGGAGUGGAAGAUCAAGAUUAUUGAGGUGAGAGAAUCGAAAAAGAGGUAGAGGCAAAUGGAGACAUUUCAGGAGAAGCAGCAGUUGGAGCAGCAUGUGAAAGAGCUGGAAGAGCAAGUGGCCGAGCUCAUGGAGCAACACGAGCAGCACCUUCAGCAGGUCCAGACUGUCCCGGAGAACAGAGCGCAGCUGGAAGAGGCACAGCAAGAAGUACAACGCCUUUCUUCCAUCGAAAAGACCCUCAACAACCGAAUUCUCGCGCUCGAAGAUCUGAAUAUGGAACUGGAGGAGAAGGUUCAAGAGAUUGAGGACGAACUGAUGACGGUCCGCAACGAGACGAAAGCGGGACAGAAGCAGACGUCGGAAGAGUGGGGAGAAUGGGACGAAAAGAAAGACGAAGAGCUGGAAGGGGCGAAGAACGAGGUGGACAGACUCCAGGAGGUCGAGAAGGCGCUCACGAUGAGAGUGGAGAUGCUCCAGAUGCACACAGAGCAGUUGGAGGGAAAGCUGAAAACGAAGGAGGGCGAGUGGGCGUGGGGAGAGGUAAACGAAUUGGAGUUUUGAAAAGUUAGAAUGAUAAGCGAAUUUUCAGACCUCGGAACCAGCUAAACCUGAAGAAAAAGAAGACGAUUGGGGAUGGGGAGAAGAGGAGAAACAGCCGGAAGCCCCAAAAGCUCCCGCUGAUAGCCCCGAGCUUCAACAUGCUCGAUCCGAAGUCGAACGGCUCGCUCAAAUCGAAAAAAUACUCAACAACCGAAUUCUGGCUCUUGAGGAUCAGAAUCUGGAGCUGGAGGAACGACUCCAAGAGAUGGAGGACGAACUGAUUGAGCAGAAAAAGAAAAACAAAGACGAUCCGGAGGAAAAGAAGAACAAAGAAGAGGACUGGGGAGAAUGGGGAGAGAGCCCGAAAGAGAAAAAGACGAGCGAGCAGGAAGAAGUCGUCGAAUCCCUUCAGAAGACCAUCUCGGAACUUCAGGAGAGGCUGCAAUUCCAGAAGGAAGUGAUCGAAAAGGCCGAAGCACAGCUCAUUGAGCAGCAGGAUAAAUACGAUGAGCUCGAGGUGAUUUACGAACAACUGAAGGAAGCUCAAGGAGACGGCGAGCAGCUCACGGAGCAGUUGGCACUUCUGAAGGAGCAAUUGGAAGAGGCGAAAAUGGAAAGAGACUCGUUGAAGGUUCAGAUGGAAGAAAAUGAAGCGGAAAAGAAAAGGUUGGAGGAGAGAGUGAAAGAAUUGGAGGAGACGCAGGCGCAGAAAGAAGAGGUUGAUGGAGGAUGGAACGACGACGGGUGGGGAGACGACGAGAAUCAGGAGAAGCCGGAAGAGCCGGAGAACGAGGAGCUCAUUCAGUUGAGAGAGACACAACAGCAGCUGAAGGACAAAAUCCGCAAAUUGGAGACUGAAAACUUGGAUCUACUGGAUGAAGGUGAUAUUAUGGCUCAGAAGAUCAUUCUGACGGAAGAGAAACGUCUCUUGACGGAGGACAGAAUGGAGAAAGUGCAGAAAGAGUUGGAGGAGGUCAAGAGCACUUUGGCCAUCAAAUCGGCCGAACUCGCCGCUGCUCAGGCUGCCGUCGUCUCGGCCACGGCCGCCGCCGCUUCUGCGGUCGCGUCGGCCGCCGUGGCUGCGUCGACGUCUUCAUCCGGAUGGAACGACGACGAAUGGAAUGACGAUGGAGAGGUGGAGAAGAUGAAGGAGAUGCAGAAGCUGCUCGAAAUGAAGGUGGACGCACUGAAGACGGAAUGGCAGCAGAUGAAGGAGAGGGAACUCGAGGUAGGCGAACGUCUUCUGAAUAUUGCCAAAGAAACAAUCUUUUCAGCUCACGGAUGCCAAUGAAGAGCUUCAAGCCAGACUGAAAGCCACUGAAAAAGAGCUGAAAGAGACGAAAGAGAAGCUGGCAGAAGCGGAAUCUUCUUCGUGGAACAAUGAUGACGGGUGGAAUCAGAGCGGGGAAGAUGAGGAGAAAAAGGCGUUGGAGGCCGAGUUGGCACAGAGAAAUGAGACUGUCGAGCAGCUCCGCGAGCAGAUUGUCCAGUUGCACAGAGAAGUGAUCGAAGCGGCCGAAUCGUCGGAUCUUUCGGCUCUCGAGGACCUCGAGAAGAUCAAAGAGGACCUUCGGAUUGUGAAGGAACAGAACGGACUGCUCAAGGACUCAGAGGCGCGACUUCUGGACCAUGCGGACGAGUUUGCUGUGCAAAUGGAACGGUAUAAGGAGAAGUGUGCUCAACUGACGGCCCGAAUUGCGGAGCUUGAGGCGCAGAUCGAGAAGAGCACGAGCGAGGGAGCACAGCUGAAACAGUCGAGUGACGAACUCGUCACGCUCAGGUAAUCCACGUCGACAGAAGAUUAUCAUUUCGGGGAUACUUUCAGACAACAGCUGGCGAACGCAGAACAAGAAGUGCGAGCCCGUAACGGCUCAAUCUCCGAGCGGGAAGGGCACAUCGCCGAGCUCCGCCGACAGAUUAUCGAGCAGCAGAAGACGAUCGGAGAGCUGAACCGCAAGCUGAAAAUGAUUGCGGCGGCGCGUCGGCAGACUGCCCGUCCCGCCCAGACCCCCUCGAUCUCGUCAUCCCGCCCGUCUUCCCGUCUCUCGACUUCUUCCCGUGUUUCCACUGCCACGUCAUCCUCUUUCGUUCCCGAAUCCGUCGCCGUACCACUUCAGUCGGUCGGAUCGGCCUUCGAUGUGGUUGUUCCGCAGGUACGCACUCUUCCGAGGGUCCCGACGAAUAUUAUUGACUUUCAGGGCAGCGAACCUCUCCGACGACGCAACAAGUGA